UAACAGGUUAAAACGACAAUCAGUGUUAUGGAGGAGGACUUAGAAGUGUUACAGGAACAAGAUGUGACUAAAGCUUCUCCAUGUGAAGCUGAACUUCAGGAAUUAGUGCAUCAAAUUGACAUCAUGGUAAACAGAAAGCAAGUAGAAUGGGAAAGAAAGAUGAGAGCUUUGGAAACAAAGAUGGAUGUCCAGGAUCAAGAAUUAGCAAGUGCCCAAAGCAAACUGGAUCAAAAAGGUCAAGAGGUGGGACUACUUCAACAAGAAUUGGAAAACUUACAGAAAACUAAAAAUGAAAUGGCUCAGAGUUAUGAAACUCAGCUUCAAGCACUUAAAUCUCAAUUCUCAAAGUUGACACAUAGUUACGAAAAGCUACAGUCACAUCAGUUGAAACAAAAAAAGUUUGAAAGUAGAGAAAAAUGUGAGGAAAACCCGGAGACAUCAUCUAACCCUGGGAAUUUAUACCUGAAACUGGAGAAGCAGACCCAGAAUUAUCAACUCCAAAUAUGCAAUAAGAAACAAAACCAAGAAGAGUUAAUUACCUAUACCCAGCCCAAAAGUGAAAAUGAUGAUUUGAUUAUUGAAAAGCUAAAGGCAAUUGUGAAUGAAAUAGCAAGAAACAAGAAUAAGCUGGUGGAGGAAAAUAUGAAACUCCAUGAGGAUCUAAAAAUGUACCAAAAUCAGUGUCAGAGCAUGCAGGCAGACGUCUCAGAAAUGAGAAAUGAGCUGCAGUCAAGGGAUGGUCUCUGGAGAAGGAUACAACUGGAAUGCCAAAAGUUGUAUACAGAAUUAUUGAAAAUCAAAGAGUACAAAGAUAUGCAGGAAAUUCAAAUAAAGCAUCAGUCGUCUCAUGUUCAGCUUACUGAGCAACUAGAAAAUAAAAGCACUGAGUUAUUGUUAUUUGCAGAAAGUCAAGAAUACCAAGAAGAGCUGAACAAGAUAAGAAACCAUGUUUAUCGAGAGGAGCAGUCCCAUUGCUCUGAGCAGGAAAGAAUGAAGACAGAAAUCUCUGACCUGACAGAGGAGCUUCAUCAGAAGGAGAUCACUAUAGCAACUAUCAUGGAGAAAGCUAGUCUUCUGGAAAGACAGUUAAAAAUGGAGUUAGAGACAAAACACAAAUUGUUAACAAAACAACAGCUGUUGGAAUUCCAUUACCAAGUUAUCAAAUCUGAAAACACACAUCUAAAAGAAAUGGUGGAAAGCCAGGAGUGUGAAAGCUGCAUGUGCAUAGAUUUAUGUAACAAAGGACAUGGAAAUUUCACAGCUUCUGUUCACAAAAUGAAACAUGAGAAUUUAAGACUACAAAAUAGCCUUGCUAAACUACAAAAUGACACAGAAACAUCAAUAGUGGGUUGCAUGGAUACAUCCAGAGAAACAGAGAGCAGCUACCAAACCCAUUCAAAGAUGCAAGAAAAGGAAGAGAGAGGUCAUGAAAAGAAAUCAGUUUAUAAAUCUCCAUUACCACCAGUGGGGUAUCCUUUGGGCUUUCCUGGGCCAUUCCCUGAAGUGAGCAGAAAAGGCAGCUUUCAGAGUACUGCUUACAAUGCAGAAGAAAUAAAAUUAUUGUCUCCCCCUGAGAUGUCCUUCCUUGCAACAACAGAAAAGUUCCUUCAAGAGGAAGACAAACAUGCAAGAGAAUUUGAAGAACGUUUAAAUUCACACCUUGAAGAGCUGCAAAGAUAUUCUGAAAAUACUCUAAAAAAAUAUGCCAGGGUGCAGCAAAGCAGGCAUACUUAAGCCAGUCACACAAUUAAGAAAAGCAAACCAAGUAAUCACCCAUGAGUUUCUCAGAACUAAAAUCUGCAACUAGCUGCUUAAUGUAUUUAGGCACAUUGCCAAUAGCAUGUAUUUGUAACACCAAGUUUUCAAGAAAAUCAUCAUUACCUUACAGUUUUAAGUAUAUUGUAACUUGAUGUCCUGGCACUUGACUAUAUUACAAAGUAAACUCUAAACAUACUCUAAAAUAUACAGGUGGGUUUUGCACAGUUAAAUUGUGUGCAGCAGAGAGCCUGUUGCAGCACUGUAAAUUAAGAUACUUAAAAUUCUGUAAUGUACAGAGGGCUAAUAAGUGGAAUUUUUCCACUGAAAUUAGAAUCAACCAAGAGAAAUUUCUCUAGAUUGUACAGAAAAAUGAUAAAGGCCUUUAACCAUGUCUCAGCUCCUGGCAUGAAAAGCUUGUCUAUGCUCUGGUGAUUCUUGGCUGUGGAAAUAGCCCCUGGGCCUCUGGAAAUGCUGCUCUGUGAGAAGAACAUUAAAAAGCCAAGCACAUAUUUUGAAGCCACCCAUAUUGCC